GUGCUGAGUAAGGAAAGCGCAGUGUAGUGAUAACUCUGGGCUGGACGGCUUGUUUGGGGAUCUGAAUAUUCAGGACUGAAGACCCAAAGCUGCAGCUCUAACAGCUCCAGCAGCUCCAGCGCUGAGGAAUAAAAUACUGGGGUCAGUGGAGAACCACAAGAUAAAGACGAUGAUGUUGGUCUUCAAACCCCAGCUAUCAAUCUUUAUACUGAUCGGACUCUUCACUGGAAAAGUCCAACAAACUGCAGUGAGCAGAAGAGGAGCUGCUGAUGAGAGCGGAGAGCUGUGGCGUCUCCACGAGGGCGUGUCUUAUUUGUUCGGGGAGGCUGAAGGGAGCUGCACUGAGGCCCUGAACUUCUGCCAGGAAAGAGGCGCCACAAUCGCCGUCAUAACAACCACAAACAAGGACUGGAUCGAGUCUCAGGCAGAGGGGAGGAAGCUGUGGAUGAACAUGCUUCAGGAUGAUCUUGUGACUGGACUUUCCACUAUGUCCGUCCAUCGGUGUCCAGAGCGGCAGAGCUCUGAUCCCGUACAUCUAAACUCCACAGAGAAACGAGGCUGUGUGUGUGAAAGAAGACGAGAGGAAUCACCUUCUAAAGUUCGUCAUCUGCUUGUCAGAGCUGCUUCAUUCGAUGGUGAAGAUGAUGAACAUUUUGAAGGAAAUGAAUAUUAUAAUUCUUCAUAUACAUAUGAUUAUUAUUCAGAAGAUUUGUUAAUAGACCCCACUGUUAAUGCAGCGCCUGUUCUCUCUGUGAAGAUCUACAUUAUUACAGUCUCUGUUCUGGCUUCACUGCGUCCACUGAACUUUUGACCCUCCUCUGAGUUUGUGGAGAUCUGACUCUGUCUGUCUUGUUUUAGUGGAUACUAACCAAUAUGGCAAUAAUUAAAGGGGAAGUCCACCGAUUUUUCAAAAUUUCUCCUUAGUUCAGUGUGUGAGAU